GAGGGUCCCGGUGCAGAAAAGCCGCAGAAUGUGCGCCGUACAGCUGCUGCGAGUGUCGGUGCACCAGCGGAUCAGCGCCGCCGCCGAAGACUUCCUGCUGCAGCUGGAAAAAGGAGAAGAAGCGGCCGAGCUGUCGGCACUGAGAGCGCUGCUGACCGAGCGGCUGACGGCGGCUGCAGAGGAGAUCGUCGCUCUGUUGGAGGAAACCGUGGCGGAGUACGAAGACAGAGUGGAGCGCUCAGAGCGGGAGAUCUGCCGGCAGAGGAGGCUGCUCGAUGCCGUGCUGAAGCCCGAAGUCCGACUGCACGCAGCAGUCUUUCCUUCAGAUGGUCAGGAGCUGUUGGAGAGCAGAGAUGAAGUUUCCCCCGAGCACCAGGAGAGGUUCUCCAGUCUGGACCGGGAGGAACACCCACUGCCCCCACAGAUUAAAGAGGAAGAGGAGGAAGCCUGGACCAGUCAGUCAGGAGAGCAGCUUCAGGACCUGCAGGUGGCUGAAAUCACCACAUUCACAUUCAGUCCUGUCCACGUGAAGUGUGAAGAUGAGGAGAAACCUGAGUCCUCACAACUUCAUCACAGACAGAAUGAGGAGAGCAGAGACUGUGAGGGAGGACCAGAAUCAGACAGGAACUCAGAUCCAGAUCCACUUUUACAGCCUGUUAGUGAAGACAACUCUCUGGAUUCGACUGAAACUGAAGAAAGUGACUGUGACUGGACACAAACAAAUGAAGCUCAGUCAGGGGUAGAAGUUAAAAAUCCUGAGAGUGAUGUUAGCAUGGCAGUGAAGGAGAGACCAUUUCCAUGCUCCUAUUGUGGGAAAAGAUUUAGCCUAAAGGGAAAUUUGAACAGACACAUAAGAGACCACACAGGAGAGAGACCAUUUCCCUGCACAGACUGUGAUAAGUCAUUUAAAGACAGUGGCUCAUUAACAGCACACAUGAGAUGUCACACUGGAGAACAGCCAUACAGCUGUUUGUUCUGUGGGAAAAAUUUCAGCGGGAGGGGAAACAUGACCAGACACAUGAGGAUCCACACAGGAGAGAAACCGUUCACCUGCUCAGUGUGCAAUAAAAGUUUUCAUGUCAAAGAGCACCUCAACAGACAUAUGAAGUACCACACAGGAGAGAAACCCUUCAGCUGCUCCAUCUGUGGAAAAGGCUGUGCUCAGAAAACAGACCUGAAGAAGCACAUGAGAGUUCACACAGGAGAGAAACCAUUCAGCUGCCCCUUUUGUGGAAAGUGCUGUGCUGAAAAAGGAGACCUGACAAAACACCUGAGAGUCCACACAGGAGAGAAACCAUUCAGCUGUAACAUCUGUGGGAAAAGCUGUGCCCAAAAGGGGAGCCUGAAGAUCCAUAUGAGGGUUCACACAGGAGAAAAACCAUUCAGCUGCUCUGUCUGUGGAAAGUGCUUCACUGUUACAGGACAUCUAAAGAGACACAUGAAGCUGCACGCAAAUGAGAGUCAUCCGCCUGAGUCUGCAGAUUCACAUCCCACCAAAGCACAACCUGAGGAUUCAGCUAAUGCGUUGUGAUCCUCAGAGGAUCUUAGACUGAUCAGCUGUUGUUAAAGAUAAACUGAUAAAACAUAGAGUAAUUUACAAUGAAGAGGAUGCAAUGAAUAAGAAUGUUUCUUUGUUCUAGAACCAGAUCAAGGUAGGCUGGAAAGUGACAGGAGUGGAUUAAUAGGAAUGUAUGAGAGUUUGUUAGAGGAAUUCAAACCAGAGAUGCACUCACAGCUCCAGGCAAAAAAAAAAGAAAUCCCCUGAGGUCCCAUUUAUAAAAGAGUGUGCAGGAUAUACAAUUAAAAUGUAUGUAAAGAAAGAACCCAAAAAAUUGUGUACUCAUAUAGAGACAGUAUUCUCUUCACAGAUCACUGGGUAAUACAUGGAUGUGGGUCCAGCUGAUGCCCCACUUCCCAAACCCCCACAUUCAACUGUAAAUGGCCAAUGGAAAGCUCUGAAGUAUGUAUGUUUGCACCAAUCAGAUCAAAUUUUAUAGGGUCAAAGUGCCUUGCAAUAUAUAAAUAAAAUUACUGAAUAAAUCUGCAGCUUUGCAAAUGGGUGCAGUAGUCCCAACAGUGGGAUAUUGUUUGAAAAUGAAACUUUGAUGAAUGUGAUUUAAUCAUUUAUUUCAUGGUGAACAUGGUCCCAUUAUGAUCAGAACUCAGGACGAGGAUGUGCUGAGUAGUAAGUGCCCAGAUGUGGAGGUGAGACUGGAGAAGGCAAAUAUGGGUCUUUUGAGUGAGAAGAGGCAUAAGACCUGUUUAUAAAUAAGGCCCCAGGUGUUUGAUUUGUGUUGGAGAAGCAAGAUGUCUUACUCAAAUGAAGGAGAACUGCUAGACUAUCUGUCUACACAUGUGACGUCCAAAGAGAUUAUCUGCAAAAGUCUCAGUCAAUUCUAGACUGAAGAAAAACCUGCAAACCAUAUGAGGAAGCAAUGGAUGCUCAAAUAAACAGUAGAUUCAUGACUCAACAAGUUCUACUUUAUGAUUUAAAUAACCUAACCAUGUGCUUCAGAAUUUCUGCACUUGGUAGUACGCUGGUGUGCUACUCCAACCUCUGUGGAUCCAGAAAGCUUGAAAUCAUGCUUAAAAGUUUGUGAUCCCUUUGAGAGUUUCUAUAUAAAUAUAACAAAAACAUCAGUUUCACACAAAGUGGAGAAAGAGAAGCCAGUGGAAAAAGGAAAGGCAUAAAUCUUAGAUUUAUUGCACCAGUCCAGUUUUGCAUUCAUGUGAGGGGAAAAGAGAACUGUUUAAUGUGUAUCUGUGACUGACUGACUUUGGAUGGUCAGAUCUAAGAAAAAACAAUAAGUUUGUGUUUGAAAAGGAUUCUGGAGGAAUCAAGUUCUGAACUCAUAUGGUUCAUUUUAUCUCCACAGCUGUAUAAGUCAGUUUUGAGCUGAUUUUCUUCAAACUCACUCAUUGGACCCAUGAGGACCUGCACAGUUUGUUUAAAUGAUAAAACAUCUGUCUGUCAAACAAACAGCUGCAGGACAUAAA